UAAAUUGUAGAGCAUGGAUUCAAACUCAGCCACCAUUGCAGCAUUAUCCUUCUCAUUCUAGCUAGCUGCCAAAUACAUUCUUUGUAAAUAUCAACGUCAACAUCAACAUCGACACCAACAAAGAGACAUCCGAGGUAAUCUGAGUGUAAAUUACGAGUUUGAGCUUAAUCUGGGCGAAUGUGGAUAUUUGGGUGGAAAGGGCCAUCUGGGUUCUCUGCUCGUUCUACGGCAGAGGAAGUCACUCAAGGGAUCGAUGGAACCGGUCUCACUGCCAUUGUUACAGGAGCAUCAAGUGGUCUCGGCGAAGAGACAACACGAGUAUUUGCUUUGCGCGGUGUUCAUGUCAUAAUGGCUGUAAGAAAUUUGGAUGCUGGAAGGAAUGUGAAAGAUGAAAUAUCUAAGGAAAUCCCAACUGCUAAACUUGAUGUCAUGGAACUAGAUCUUAGCUCAUUGGAAUCAGUUCGGAAAUUUGCAUCAGAAUACAAAUCGUCUGGUCUACCUCUGAAUCUCCUUGUUAACAAUGCAGGGGUGAUGGCAACUCCAUUCAUGCGUUCCAAAGAUGGCAUUGAAUUGCAGUUUGCAACUAACCAUUUAGGUCAUUUUCUUUUGACGAACCUUCUAUUGGAGACCAUGAAAAAGACGGUACAAGAAAGUGGCAGGGAGGGAAGAAUUGUUAUUUUGUCCUCUGAGGCUCACAGAUUUCCAUAUAAAGAAGGGAUACGAUUCGAUAAGAUUGAUGAUGAAUCGAGUUAUAGCAGCAUGUAUGCUUAUGGACAAUCAAAGCUUGCCAACAUACUGCAUGCUAGUGAACUUGCAAUGCAUCUGAAGGCAGAAGGAAUUGAUAUUACUGUUAAUGCUCUUCAUCCUGGAUCAAUUAUUACCAAUCUUCUGCGCCAUCACAGUAUCUUGAAUACUGUUGCUAAUGCAGUUGGUAAAUAUUUCCUUAAAAAUGUUCAGCAGGGAGCAUCAACACAAUGCUAUGUGGCAUUGCAUCCACAGGUCAAGGGAGUAAGCGGUGAGUAUUUCGUCGACAACAAUAAAUCAAAUCCGACCCUUCUGGCUAAAGAUGCUAAAUUGGCUAAGGAACUGUGGGAUUUUAGCAUAAACUUGACCAACCCCAAAUAGCUUUUUAUUACAUAUAAUUUGGAAGACUCGAGUUAUCCAACCUUUCCCCAAAACCAGCUGAAGUACUAUUUAUAAUGACAGUUAAUGCUGUGUAAAUAAAAAUAUGUGAUCACUGAGACUACUAUUAUGGUUCAUCUCCCCUGUUUGAAGUGCAUUAUUAAAGUGACCAGUGCAGAUUUUAGAUUUAUCUUUA